CUAGUCAAUCCCUUGAAUCUCCAUAUUCAGUGACCAUGAAGUUUCGGUACGCUGUGGUGUGUUCUUCGAACCAGAACCGAAGCAUGGAAGCUCACUCCCUCCUCAAAAGGCAGGGCUUCGAUGUGUGUUCUUAUGGAACUGGUGCCCACGUUAAGCUCCCUGGCCGCUCCCUCAGAGAACCCAAUGUCUACGAUUUUGGAACUCCCUACAAGCAGAUGUUGGACGAUCUUCGCAGAAAAGACCAAGAACUCUACAAGCGAAAUGGAAUUUUACCAAUGCUUAAAAGGAAUUCAACAGUAAAAUUAGCACCUCAACGAUGGCAAGACAAUGCUGCUGAGGGAUCCUUUGACAUUGUUUUUACAUUUGAAGAAAAAGUUUUUGAUAUGGUUGCUGAAGGUUCGUAAUUUUGCCAAGUUUCAUUCUUUUUGCUCUGGAUCGAUUCUAAAGAUAAUGUAU